UGCUCAUCAGUGAGCCUGUGAUUGCGGUAUGCCGGCACUCUUCCUUCCACGUAAACGCACCCAGAAACACCACGCCGCCGCCCGAGCCCAACCCUCGCCAAAUCGCCAAUAGCCCCCACAAAGCUCCACCCGACCCACCACCUGCAAAUCCUAACCCUAACGCUCCUGGCCAUCACCGCGGCCGCCAUGGUGAGCGAAGCCGCCAACGCCGGCAUCGACCGCGUGCUGUGGACGGAGGCCGAGAUCGCCACGCGGGUCGCCGAGGUCGCCUCGGAGCUCGCCGCCGACAUCCGCCGGCUCGCGGAGCCGGCUGUCGUCGUGGGCGUCGCCACGGGGGCGUUCCUCUUCCUCGCUGACCUGGUGCGGCGCGUCGACGUGCCGCUCGCCGUCGACCUCGUGCGCGUCGAGUCGUAUGGCGACGGCACCGAGUCCAGCGGCCGGCCCCGGGUCACCGCUGACCUCAAGGUCGACGUCGCCGGGAAGCACGUCGUGGUGGUUGAAGAUAUUGUGGACACAGGGAAUACUGUUUCCUGUCUCAUUGCCCAUUUACAAAAGAAAGGAGCACUGUCCAUAUCAGUUUGCACUUUCCUGGACAAACCAGCAAGGAGGACAGUCGAUUUUCAGCUAGUGGGGGGUGGAAAAUUUUACAGAGGCUUCGAGUGCCCCGACAGCUUUGUUGUUGGCUAUGGUAUGGAUUAUGCGGAGCUCUACCGCAACCUGCCCUAUGUUGGAGUUCUCAAGCCUGAGAUGUACAGUAAGAAAACUGACAACUAGGCCGGAGGCAGACAAGACUUGCAACCACUUUUGCAAGAGCACAUAAAUUUUGAAGAAACACAAACAUUUCGGUUUUUAUAUUUGUAGGCAAAUUGUGCUUAAUUUUGCACAAGACAUGUUCCUUUCUUCAUUUGGGCUGAGGGAAUUAUUCUGUUCCUCUAAAUAGCAUAACACGAAGCAUUUUGCCCAUAUGCUGCAACCAUGAAGAAAAUCUAUCUGGUUGUAUGACAUGUUCCGUCGUCCAUUCACAGAUCACAACUGGUCUGCUUGUAAGCUAUAUACUCGUCAAGUUCCUGCAAAAAAAUUAGAGAGUGUUUAUCUCCUUAUUUA